AAUCAAUUCAUGGGGAAAAUCCACGACAAUUGCCUGUGUGUAUAUCGUUAAGAUUGUACUUUGCACAUUGAAGACGACAUCUACAAGAUCAAUUCACGAAUGCAACUUUGUUAUGCAACGCUUAUUCAAGGCAGUGUUGACAUGAAGAUGGGUGACAACAUAAUCAUAAUAAGGCUUCAAAUUUAAAAUAAAUUAGUUCAUUAAAAGAUCGGAUAGACUUGCUGUGACUAUAUUGUAUCAGAACUCAUUUGUUUUAGACUUAAAGGCAAACCAUUUUGAGGACUCUAUCAAAGCCCCAGAAAAGAAGGUAAAGAAGCACAGACUACUCAGCUACGGAAACACACUCGGAAAAGGAAUUCGAUAAAACAGAGACGAUAAUAGUACCAUUACAAACUGCAAACGUUACCACAAAUAAACUGAGAGACAGUGUCUUAAACACGUACAUGUGGAGCAAGUUCAUCUCGUUAAGCGGGAAAAUGAUCCAUUCCUUCACCCGCCCCGCUUCUCGACAGAAAGCAACACUUCCACACUGUUCAAAGUGGAAUAAAAGCAACAAAGACAUGGAUAAACAAUUUUCUAGCGAAGCAGAAAAAUACCAGAGUAUCAUCCAAGACAACAAAUCUUUGUUGGUAAAAAAUAUCAUCCUGACUCCUGAAUUCUUCGAGGUCAUGGUCCGACACAAGAUGAUAACGAAUUCCAUGGUGGGCGACAUAAAGAGCAAAGAAACUCGUGAAAAACAAAACGCUCGUUUCCUGGAAGUGUACCCACUGAGAACGGCACACAUGUAUACCACGUUAUGCGACACGCUACAAAUGACAGGCCACGCGCUGUUGGCAGAUCACCUGAGAGACGAGGCUGCAGAUCCAAAAAGUCAGAAAGAGGACAAGGAUCUAUACCGCCUUAUACCCACUCUUCAAACAGGCCUCGAUUCUCGGGAGAUAUGCACUCUUCACGCAUACAUAGCGCAAAAGGUAAAGGAGGCAGUGCACAAACAAGACUGGAAAAAUGGCGCUACUGAUAAGCAGAAGGCAAUGGAUGCCAAGAGGCAACAGAUAGAACAAGCCGGAGAUUUCAAGGAAAAACUGACCGAGAAAGAAAAGCAGUUGUCAGAGAUGCGAAUGCAGCUAGAAACUCUCAAGCAAGAAUGUAAAGGCAAAGACUCGCAAAUAAGCAAUCUUCAGGGCCUCAUGCAAAAGGCUACAUCCGAGCUCAAGGAAGAAUACAAAAAGCAAGUUAAAUUCUCUAUUUCAACCAAUUCCGAUAACAAGCGACUACAAGAAAGGUUGAAUAUGUUUAAUCAGGAAAUCCGGCAAAUGAAUAUUCAAGCACGAGAAUGUCUACUUGAGGUUGCGGAUGAUGGUAUUGCCACAAAAGAAACAAUAAGAACCGAUCCCGACAACAUCAAAGUCAGUUGUCUUGAAAAUAAUAUUGAGAGAUUAAUCGAUAAAAUACGUGAGCUCAAAGCAAAAAUGGAAAAUAUAAGGGUAUUCUAUGAGGAAGAUAGGAAAGGCACUCUAAAAACCUUAAACGUCCCUGAUACUAUACAGUCAGCUCAUGAUGCGGCAGAUUUAUUUGUACGGAGAGUAGAAAGUGAAUCAAAAGCUCUAAUGAAAGAGAUAUUCCAACUGAGUGACAUGUUGUUUGUUGAUGAAAUAGGCAUAGCUGGCGCAUCACAAAGGAGUCUCAGAAACGAAACUGCCCCUCCCAUGGAGAAAACGAAAGUGGAAAUCGGCAUCAUUCGUGACCAGAUUCAGCAUUUGAUGAAUGUUAUUUCAUCACACACUCGGGAAAUCCAGCAGCAUGAAAUAACUAAACAUAAUCUGGAAAGUCAAGUAAGACAACUGGGCGAGGCGAAUACCGAACUGGAGCUUAAGUUAAAGGAACAAAAUCAGACUGUAAAGACACUUAAUCAAGAGAUGGGAAUUCUACACCGAGAGAAUACAGAAGGUCCAGCACAUAACUGUGAUAAGGAGGCUGUCAAGCUGCCGCCUUUACAGAAAGUCGUCAAACGUCAGCCUGCUGUAAGACACACAAAUGUACAGAAUGUGAGCCUUUUUGAUGAAGGAAUCAUACACGCAAGGAGGGGUGGAUUUAGAGGAUCAAAAAAGGGUUUUCACAAAUCUACCUUUUAAAAUGCUUAAAUUGU